AUGGGACCUGGUAAUGAGGAUGAAUGUCUUACCCCUAGCGCACCAACUGGGUUUGCUGUGCGACAUAUUGCAAGCAAUGACAUCUUUCCUCUUCAAAAAGAUGAACAAGCAUUAUCCACUUCUGGGACAACAUUGCCUCCCGAUCUCUAUCGUUUGGCGAAACAGGUUUUUGACGAGCUCCCGGACGAGUAUCUCCCUGGUUACAAAAGCUCUUGCUGGAUGGCUAAGAAGAACACACCUGGUAUUGGACGUCUUCGGUGUCUGCCGUACUUCUACAUUCUAGGAGUAGCGAAAUGUGGCACCACUGAUCUUUGGGACAAGAUUGUUGCACACCCACACGUGGUCCGGGACUUGGGCAAGGAACCACACUGGUGGUCCCGGCGUCGAUUGGACGGGGUAUCAUUUGAUGCAUAUCUUCAGAAACGUUCUGCAAGUUUGGUCAGUUCGUUUAAUCAGGACUCUUCGAAUAAACUUACGCACAUUGCGGGUGAUGGUUCUGCAUCUACCUUAUGGGAUAACAAUCACUGGAUGCAAAUGUUUUCAGUGGUAAAGGAAGGUCCUAAAUAUGGCACAGCGGACAUUUUACGUGCUGCUCAACCGAAUGCAAAAUUAUUUGUAAUACUGAGGGAUCCCGUCUCCAGGCUAUACUCGGAUCAUCUUUAUUUUGAUGGCAGCCCGGACCCAGAGAAAUUUCAUAAUGCCACGGUCGACACCAUAGCCAGAUUUAGGAGAUGUACUGAAGCACUUACUCCUCGCGCAUGCGCAUACACCCUCACAAUUCAUAAUGGAGUACGCAUCAAUAUUGGUCUGUAUUCUAUUUAUAUCCGAGACUGGUUGAAAGUAUUUCCACGAGAUCAGAUAUUUAUUCUCAGACUUGAAGACUGGCAUUCUGACUGUGAGGAGAUUUUACCAAGACUAUAUGCAUUUUUAAAUCUAAAAAUUUUGACGAAGGUUCAAAUCUCAGAUAUCUGCCAGACUCGAAUGAAAAAUGCAAACACUCGUAAAGCAAGUAAAAUCGGAGGAAUGUUUAGCGAGACACGGACAAUCCUUCAAGAAUUCUACUCGGAAUGGAACCGAGAUUUGAGUAAUUUACUCGGUGACACACGCUUCUUAUGGCAGUAACCAUGGUAACGAUAUAAUGAUGAACAAGAAACAAAGUUG